AGCACAGCUACCAACUCUCUCGUUCUUCGUUACACGACCCCGACAACGAUAUCUUGCGUUCCGUGUCAAACCGUUGCUCUGUUGACUUGGCUCUACCGUCUAUCCAAGAUGACGGCUGCCUCCUCCCUGGCCGAACGAUAAGACGUCGCAUCCCACCCCCUCUCUCGGUCGUCCUGUUUCGUCUCGUCUGGUCUUGCAUCUCAGCCCGCAAACGCUCUCUAGCUACCCGGAGGACGAGAUUUGUACGCCCCGAUUUGCUCGAUUCGCCAUGGGUCAGGGCUUCUCCCUCGCAACGCCGUCGGCCGGCUCGGCGGGCAUAGACAUUGCUCAGCUUCAGGACAUCCAGUACGAGAAGAGCAUUGGAAAUGCCCGGUUCAUGAAGAGCAUCCGGGGCAGGCAUGACCAUGGCGUUGUGCUGGUCAAGGUCCUCGUGAAGCCGUAUACGGAAGUGAAGCUGGAGAAAUACAAGAAGAAGAUUAUAGAGCAACGAAAGGCGUUGGCGGAUGUUCCCAAUGCCUUGGGCUUCCAGCGCAUCAUCGAGACCGAGACGAACGGAUAUCUGGUGCGGCAGUUCAUGUACAACUCUCUCUAUGAUCGUAUGAGUACACGACCUUUUCUGGAAGACAUCGAAAAGAAGUGGUUGGCCUUUCAGCUUCUCUGCGCACUGCGGGACUGCCAUGCACGGGAUGUCUAUCACGGCGACAUCAAGGCCCAGAACGUGCUGGUCACAUCUUGGAACUGGCUGUAUCUGACGGACUUCUCAUCUGCCUACAAGCCCAUCAUGCUCCCCGACGACAACCCUGGUGAUUUUUCCUACUUUUUCGACUCCUCUGGGCGGCGGACGUGUUAUAUUGCUCCCGAGCGGUUUUAUUCGUCCAAUGAAGCUCCGCCGCAGAACCCCAAGAUGACUUGGGCCAUGGACAUCUUCAGCGCGGGAUGUGUCAUUGCGCAGCUAUUCCUUGAAUCUGAAAUAUUCAGUCUCGCACAGCUGUACAAGUAUCGUCGGGGUGAGUAUGACCCGGUCAUUACUCAUUUGAGCGUCAUAUCGGACAAAGAUGUGCGUGACAUGAUUGCUCAUAUGAUUCAACUUGACCCGGAAAGGCGUUAUUCAGCGGAGCAGUAUCUUGACUUUUGGAAAGAUAAGGUCUUUCCUAGCUAUUUCUAUAACUUCUUACACCAAUAUAUGGGGCUUAUUACGGAUCCUUCUUCUGGGAACAGCCCUAUAUCUGGAGCUCAGAGAAAUCUGGGCGAGUCGGACAACCGCAUUGAUAGGAUUUUCAACGACUUUGACAAAAUUUCGUACUUUUUAGGAUACCACAACGAAAAGCAGACUGCGGAGCCGAUAAUUCCCAAGUCGAGGCUGGGGCUUGACCAUUUUCCAGUCAGACUAAGUAUCCCGACUCACGAGCACUCCGUUUCUGCGGAUCUCGAACCUCCAGAGGACGAUGGGACGCUGCUUUUUUUAACACUGGUUGCCUCCGCUAUGAGGACAACGGCCCGGGCUGCAUCUAGAAUUAGGGCCUGCGAUUUGCUAUUAGCGUUUGCUGAAAGACUUACCGACGAGGCUAAGCUAGACAGGGUGCUACCAUAUCUAAUGACGCUGCUGCGUAAGGAAGAGACGGAUAUGGUGCUGGUGACAGUCAUACGAAGUGUCACUCAGCUGUUGCAGCUGGUACGGACGACCACACCAAUCAACUCUCAUGUUUUGGUGGAAUACGUCUUGCCCAGGAUGGAGAUUGCCCUUGGGACAAAAUCGUGGACCCCUAAUUCCUUGGUGCGAUUGACGUAUGCGUCCUGCAUAGGCAGUCUUGCCUCUACUGCGCAGCGUUUUCUGGAGAUGGCAUCUAGCCUUAAAACUGAUGGAUCGAUACCAAUUACCGAUCCAGAGGUUGAACCCGGGACCAAUGGUGCCACUGCGAAUUUCGAAAGUAUGUACGACAACGCGAGCCGACAGCUGUCUGAAAUCUUGGAGAGCCAUGCAAAACAGCUCGUUGAGGAUCCGGAUGCCAAUGUUCGGCGAGCGUUCUUGACGUCAGUACCAGAUCUCUGCAUGCAUUUCCAGGACAAUUCAAAUGAUAUUCUGCUUUCGCACUUGAUCACCUAUCUUAAUGAUGGAGACUGGAUGUUGAAGAGCGCCUUCCUGGAUACAGUCGUGGGCAUUGCAACCUUCAUAGGCAGCACAAGCUUAGAAGAAUUUAUGCUGCCUCUCAUGGUCCAGACUUUGGCAGACUCAGAAGAGAAUGUGGUGCGUUCUGCUUUGCAUUCGCUGGCUCAAAUUGCAGGCCUGGGACUGCUGUCUAGACCAAAGAUCUGGGAGCUGGCUGAUUUGGUAGCACGGCUUACCAUGCACCCGAACACAUGGAUCAGAGAAUCUGCAGCUGAAUUCCUAUCCAUGACUGCCAAGUUCUUAUCCAAAGCCGAUAUCCAGUGCAUAUUACUGCCACUGGUUAGGCCAUACCUCAAAAUAUACUCUCUUUCAGACUUUUCUGAGCUAAACCUGCUCGACUCUUUGAAGAAGCCCCUCCCUAGGGCGGUUUUUGACCAAGCGCUGACUUGGGCUUCCAAAACUGACAAGGGAGUCUUUUGGAAAUCUCUUGUGGGGAAGCGGCAGUCACCGAGCCAAGUACCGAUUGCCUCGGCGGCUCGAUCGUCCAAGGAACUGAUCUCUUCUUCUCUGAGUAAGAUCAGCCGCAAUGACGAGGAUGAACAGUGGCUUGAGAAGCUGAGGAAUUUUGGUCUAAAGCCCGAAGAUGAGAUAAAGUUACUGGCAUUGGGCGAGUAUAUCUGGCGACUCAGCAAGAAUAAGGCCCGCGACGCCUUCGUCGUCUCUUCCACAGAGGAUGAGAAUAUGCCGACAGGAUUUGUUCAGCUAAAGGAGCUGGGUGUGACGCCACAGACGGUGUUCUUUGACGACACGGCCCUGAAGGACCCUACUGCUGUUUUACCGGAUUUGGAGCCUACGCCUCCCGUAACAGGCCCGUAUACGAUUGCAGAUGCGUUAUUAGAUGCCUCUAUGACAAUCGAUGAUACCCUCGGUAAGAAAAAGCGCACCGCCCUUCAUUCUCAUAAAAGAGUUCACAGCACCGGACCUUUGCCUUCCAGGAGCACAGGAAGGUUAUUAUCUCCCACUGGGAGUGGCAGGGCCAGUUCGACGGACUCUAGGAGGGCCAUGACAUCUCCCCUGGGCCCUGGAGACGACUCUGUUUCCGUUAAAGAUGCGUCUUAUUCUUCUCGCAGAGGCAUCCGGCAUCAAUCAAGUGCUCUUAGUCUUUUGGAUCGCAAAGACGGCCACAAGUCUAUUCCGGAGACUGGAACCAGCGAUGCCAAUGCUUUUGGAGAGGUAGAAGGACCGUUUGCCCAGGCAUUGCCAAUGCAAAUUGUUUCUGGGCCAAACACAGAAGCCGAAGGAAAUGCUCGCCAGAGGCACGUGCGGCAUAGCUAUGAAGGGACAGAUCCUCAUAUUCGACGCAUGCUUGACAACAUGUAUGUCGAAAACUUCCCUCGCGACGUGCUGGAGUUUGGGCCCAUGGUCCAGCCUAUCUCGGGAGAUAAGAGCAGGUCGGUCAAUGUGCCUGGCGCAGACCCUCCCUGGAAGCCGGAUGGGCAUCUCGUGGCGACGUUUGCAGAACACCACGGGCCCAUUAAUCGGGUCAUCCCUUCUCCGGAUCACAUUUUCUUCAUUACAGGCGGCAAUGACGGGACGGUCAAGGUAUGGGAUACACAGCGGCUUGAGCGCAACAUUACGAACCGAUCGCGGCAAACUUACAGACAUGCUGAAGGAGCCCGCGUUCUUGCUCUCUGCUUUGUUGAGAACUCGCACUGCUUCGUCAGCUGUGCGUCUGAUGGCAGCGUUCACGUAGUCAAGGUUGAUACGGUUCCUACUAGUGGUGUAAUUAGGUAUACAAAGCUGCGGGUCUUGCGGGAAUAUCAGCUACCAGAAGGCGAAUAUGCAGUGUGGUGCGAGCAUUUCAAGCAAGAACAGAGUUCUAUCCUCGUUAUUGCCACAAACCUGUCGAGAAUUCUCGCCAUGGACCUGCGCACUAUGACAGUGCUCUACAUAUUGGAAAAUCCCGUUCAUCAUGGAACGCCGACAUGUUUCUGCAUUGAUAAGAAGAGAAACUGGCUAUGCGUGGGGACUUCACAUGGUGUUGUCGAUCUUUGGGAUCUUCGGUUCAAGAUGAGGCUGAAAGGCUGGGGCGUACCCGGAAAGGGAUCCAUCUAUCGGAUCUGCGUGCACCCCAAUAAGGGGAGAGGUAAAUGGAUCUGUGUCGCUGGAGGAACUGGGCAAGGAGAAGUCACGGUAUGGGACUUGGAAAAGACAACUUGCAGAGAGAUAUACCGAACCGGCCAUAAUAAGGAUAGCCAGAAGGGAUACACCGCGUGGGAAGUCGAUGAAGAUAAGCCUGAAGGGAUGCUUGGUCGGUUCGCGACCAACCUCGAGAUUAGCGACAUGGGCAACGGAGAUCGUGGAGUACGGGCGAUGGUUGUAGGCACGGGAACGUCGGAGGACUCUCGCGACGUUCGGCACGCAUACAUGCUUACGGCUGGGUCAGACAAGAUGCUACGAUUCUGGGACAUUUCGCGGAUCGAGAACUCUUGUAUCUACAGCGGCCUCCAGCCGGAUGAACAGCCACCUACGUAUACGAGCACGAACCCGACGACGUCGAUGACUCUAAACACGGAGCGGUUUGCGAGGCACGUGGCGUCUUCUCCCAAUGCGGGAACGGCCAGGCAGAAGGCGCCGAGAUCGACAGUGAUCUCGAUGCAGCAGCAGCAGCUGUUGAAGUCGCAUUUGGAUCUGGUUAUGGACGUGGCGAUUUUGGAGUAUCCGUAUUCGAUGAGCGUGUCUGUGGAUCGGUCCGGCGUGGUUUAUGUGUUUCAAUAGAAUAGAAUUAUUUCUGGAGCUCUUUUGCCUUUUUUUCUUGUCGAGAAUAGAGAAGAAGGGGGGGUUCUGAGUUGAUUGUUAUUUUUAUUUGGAUUCCGGUUUCUGUUUCCUCAGCUGGAAGCGAGAGGGAUAUGCCCAAUACCAAAAUUUAGCUACCGUGGGUUUUUAAUGUAGCUGAAUGCCUAAUGAUGAAUGAAUAUGAUGAAAAAUUU